AUGAAUGGAUCUUCUUAUAGAGAAACUUUGAUUUUGACCCCCUACGAGGAGAUGGCUUCAGUGAAAAAUCUUUACUUUAUAGUUGUUUUCUUAAUUUACCUUGCCUCGAUAAUGGCCAAUAUUUCCAUUAUGUGUCUGAUUUACUUCGACACUGCUUUGCAUAAGCCAAUGUACAUGUUUCUAUUUAGUCUACUUUUAAAUGGUUUGAUUGGAAGUACAGCUGUUUGGCCUAAGGUUAUGGUGAUUCUUUUAACUGGUGAUAACACUAACUCUGUUGAGGGAUGUCUCAUUCAAGCAUUUUUCAUGAUAACGCGAGUGAGCGAUCUAUAUGGCAUAUGUGUGUUUGUUUGCUUCGGAGUUGUCCCUAUACUCCUUAUUUUUCUUUCAUAUCUUAAAAUCAUACUGUUAAGUUUAAAGAUCUCGAGAAAUUCAAGAAAGAAAGCAUUUGAAACUUGCACUCCCCAUUUGAUUAUCUUUAUCAAUUUUUCAUUCGUCUCAAUCUUCUUUGUCAUUUAUGUUCGUUUCUAUCCAAAUUUCCAACACUUGUUUCUAUCCGUAUCUUACAACCUUUUCCCUCCACUGUUGCACCCACUUGUAUAUGGCAUAAGAAAUAAGGAGACAAGACAGAGCUUCUCCAAAAUCAGGAGGAAGGUCAUUUUCGCCCUUGGAUGUCAGACCACUUCCAAUUUGUAA